UCUUACUUGUGGAACCGUAGGAUAUCAAUGGACGGUAGAAACGGAAAGACCUUGUUCGUCUUCUUGGAGAGUUGGUGUAGCUCGAGGGAAUCGGACGCCGCCGCAACCGCGCCGCCUAUUCUCCUCCUCCUCCCAGGCGCAGCAGCAGCAACGGCGACGAAUGCGGCCGCCGGCGGUCGGGGUAUCGGCCGAGACUGAGUAACAGAGGCCGCCGGGGGCUGGCCGGCGCGGUUGCAGGGACCGGCGGCUCAUCACCGACGGGCGCACGGCGGCAGCCUCGGGGUGUGUAUAGGCCUAGGACUCCAUCCCGUUUUUCUGAAUCAGGACAACAAGGAAUCUGGGGAAUUCGGAAUUUCUCUGCGGGAUAUCAGUACGGGAGGGGAUUCAUUGAUCGAUGGAGCAGGCUUCUUCUUCUGUUACCGCAGAAUUGUUGCAGCAAGAAGCUCCGUAUCCGUCAACCUCCGAUGUCGAUUGGUCCCAGCUUCCGGCCGACCUGCUCGUCCACAUCUUUGGUAUGCUUGACAUCCCAGAUAUCUUCAGCUCCGGUGUGGUUUGCCGCGCAUGGUGUGCCAGCUUUCUGGAGGCCCGCCGCCUAGGCAUUUGCUCCGGUAACCCGGGGCCAUGCCUCGUGUUCUCGUCCGGCGACCGUGACCCAACCGUUGCCACCCUGUACAGCCUCACCACAGGGAAGGAGUACUAUGUAACCAUGCCGGAUCCUCCUUUCCGUAGCCGCUACAUUGUCGGGUCCUCCCAUGGCUGGCUUAUUACCGCCGACGAGCGGUCCAAUCUGCUCCUUGUCAAUCCGGCGACUCAGGCUCAGAUCGCGAUGCCGCCACCGGAGACAAUAGCGAAUGUCAAGAUACAUUGCAAUGCUGACGGGGUGCCAGAUGGCUAUGAUCUUCUUACAAUGGAUAUGUCAUCACGAGAUGUUGAUACUGAAGCAGAGACAGAAUUUCAUUCCUGGGAAGAAGGCCGGUUUUACUUCUAUGGGAGGGUUGUCCUGUCAGCAGAUCCAUCCAGUGGAAACUGCACAGUAAUGAUUCUGCACCUGCUCGAUAAUCACCUCUCGUUUGCAAGGGUGGGUGGCACUCAUUGGACCUGGAUCGAUGUUGAUGAGCAAUGCUGGGAUUAUCAUGAUGUUUUGUACAACGACGAUGACAGAUUGUUUUAUGCAGUCCGAGGCAAUGGUGAUGUUCAUGCUAUCGAUACCAAUGGACCCUCUCCGAUGUUAAGGGUUCUCCUGGACACCAAGAAUACAGUCGUCGAUUGUACCAGGUAUAUUGUUCGGUUGGAAUAUGGUGAUCUUCUUGAAGUAUGUAGGGAUUGCAAAUAUGUUAAUGAUGACCGGAGGACUGAGGAACUGAUCGUAUAUAAGGUUGAUCUUGUUGAGAAAGAACUUGUUAAGCAGAAGGAUUUUGAAGGCCGUGUGCUGUUUAUUGGCUUCAAUAGCUCCUUCUUCCUACGAGUAGAAGAUUUUCCCAUGUUGACUCCAAAUAGUGUCUACUGUACAGAUGAUUCAAUGGAAAAUAUUUAUUCUGAGCGAUUUGGCUGUCGAGAGGUUGGUGCCUUCCAUUUGGAAGAUAGUAGCUUCACCGAUCUAUUGCCUGUUGGCUCGUGGUUGAAUUGGCCACCUCCUGUUUGGUUUAGGCCAUCAUAUUCUAAAGUUCUAUUCGGUGACGGAAGAGACUGAGAAGAGGAAAAGGAUGACGAUGAUAUGCAGGCCAAUUUUAGGGUAAAUUGGGCGUUUAGAUAAUUUAACCAGUUUAAGUUUCCGUACAGUGGCAAUGACAUAGAAGGAAAUGGGCAUUUUUCAAUGGCAGCUAAGGGAUUUGUACAUGUACUAUGCAGUCUGAAGUUAGAACUGGGUGUGGUGCCGUGAACUCACUUGGUCUGGUUUUUCUUAUCCUCUGUGAUGUUGCACGCGAUA